ACACCCGGAAGCAGCAGCCCGAGCGGAGCGGGCAGCAAUGAGCGGGGAGUCGGGGCCGAUGUCCGUAGCGCCCCCUCCCGGGGAGGUCGAACCGGGCAGCGGCGUCCGCAUAGUGGUGGAGUACUGUGAACCCUGCGGCUUCGAGGCGACCUACCUGGAGCUGGCGAGUGCCGUGAAGGAGCAGUAUCCCGGCAUCGAGAUCGAGUCGCGCCUAGGGGGCACAGGAGCCUUCGAGAUCGAAAUCAAUGGACAGCUGGUGUUCUCCAAGCUGGAGAAUGGGGGCUUUCCUUAUGAGAAAGAUCUCAUUGAGGCCAUCCGAAGAGCCAGUAACGGAGAACCUCUAGAAAAGAUCACCAACAGCCGUCCUCCCUGUGUCAUCCUGUGACUGCACAGGAACCCGGGUUCCUGCUGUUCUGGGGUCCAAGCCUUGGUCUCCCCUUUGGUCCUGCUGGGAGCUUCCCCUGCCUCUUUCUCCUCAGCUCCUAGUAGCUAAGAGACCCUGGCCUCCACUUUGCCCCUUUGGGUACAAGGAGGGAGUAGAAGCUUCUGUAGGCUGUGGAAGGAGAGAGAUGCUCUCCAUGGACUUUCCACAGCCACCUUAUACCCCCUGCCUAGGAUCAAUGCCCGUAAGAGCCCAGUCCCCUCCCAGCUUGGCAAUACCCCUGAGAUGCCACAGUAGAUCUAAUUUAUUCUCCCCUAGUCCUGGGCAGUGUCAGCUAUUGGCAAUAAAGUGGCACUACAAACGGUUGCACCAA